AUGGAAGCCACCAACAACCUUUCGGGGGGUGCCGGCCGCUCUCGCCGGCCGCUGAAGCUGGUCUUCGGCAAGGAGAAGAAGCCCGAGGUGGCCUCUGAUGAGCCCAUAUCGGAGGACCAAGCCGUCGUCGCUGCGGCAACUCGGAUCAGCCGGACUGGUCGAGUCCUCAAGGCCCCGACUGCUUUUAUCCCGGCCCCUGCCGCUGCUGGCAGUGGUGGGAAACGCCGACGCGGUGGUAAAAAGGCCGCCAGCAUUAAUUGCGCGGAGUGCGGACGGGGUAACAGCCCCGGCAACAACCCGAUCGUCCUCUGCGAUGGGUGCGAGUCCGCGUGGCACAAGCAUUGCCACAACCCUCAAAUUCCAGAUGCCGCCAUCGAGAAUCUGGACACCGAAUGGAAGUGCAAUAACUGCGAACCUUCUCAGCGCCGUAUCGUUAAGGCCAAGCCUAUGAAGGGCAAGCUCUUCAGGGCGAAGCUGGCCAAGGCUCAAAAUUUUGCUAAGCCCCAUUCGAUGCAAGCAUCGACCCAGAUCGAGGUUGCUAACAAUGAAUUUACGGAUGCUGAAAAGCGCGUCUGGCUUUCGAGCUUGUCUCAUUCCCUGCUUGUGGAGAUGCUCGUCGACAUCUCCAGUAAGAACCCAUCUUUGCCAAUCUUCCCCGCCAACAUGAAGGAUUUACCCACCUCCAAGUUUGCUAUUCCUUCGGCCCGGCCAUUGAGUGCCCAGUCGGCACCACCCUCUGGGAAGCACGCCCACGACGAAGCUGCAGCUAUAGACAGCCACCCUGCCAAAGGGUCACGUACUAUUUCAAACACGGCUGUGCCUGUCGCCAGUCUUUACUCGACGUUGUCGCCCAGCCAACGGUGGUCAUCCAGCGAUACCGCCGACGAGGGCAUCUUCUUGGCGAAGACGAGCGACGGGCAUUUCAUGCAAGUUCCUGAGCAUUCGGCCACACCUGCUCUGUCUCCCGACGCUCCGAGUCCGUACGAGGCCGAGCUUUUGACCGACAGCGAAGGAGGUGACAUUCCAUUCGAUGAUCACCGCAUCUACCCCAAGCCAGGCAAUGGCUUUGCUCUUCCGUGGGAUCCUGCAGAUCUCGACAUUCUCAGAGAGGAUCCUGAAGCAAAGACCUUCAGCCAUGCUCUACAUAGUUCAAUCGCGAAGAGGAUCGCCGGGAACUAG